AAUUUAAAAUGGAAGAUGAUCAAGAAAGUAAGAAUAAUAUCGACAUGUAUAGAGGAGUAAGGAAGAGAAAAUGGGGGAAAUGGGUAUCUGAGAUCCGCGAACCAGGAAAGAAAACUCGAAUAUGGUUGGGGAGUUAUGAGACAGCAGAAAUGGCUGCUGCAGCUUAUGAUGUUGCUGCAUUUCAUCUAAAAGGUGAGAGACCAAACUUAAGGCUCAAUUUCCCUGAAUUAAUACAUACAUUCCCAAAACCCUCAAGUUCAAGACCUGAAGAUGUACAAAUGGCAGCUCAUGAAGCGGCAAUGAGGUUCAAACGGCCAAUUGAUGAUCAUCCAGACAACUGUGGUGCAGGCCCGGUGAGAGUAGGUCUCUCACCGAGUCAAAUUCAGGCGAUUAAUGAAUCCCCGUUGGACUCCCCAAAAAUGUGGAUGGAGUUUGCCGGGGCUUUAUUACCUGUUAGAGAAUACACUUGUCCCUCCUCUUCUUUUGAGGAUCAUCAGUGGGAUGAAAUCCAAUACCAUCAUGAUUCCAUUUGGGAUUUUUAAUUUCCAUAUAUAUGCCUCAACCCCUUUAAUUAGUAUAUUUUAGACAAAAUUAUUGGGGGCGAACAAAAGGAAUUUUAUGCCAUUAUAUUCUUUUAAAUUUUUGUUUAAUAGAGAUUCUUCGGUAGAAUAAAUGUUACUUAUCUUGAGACAAGUACGUCCAUGAAGAUGGUAAAAAAUAGAAGAUAAUGGUGGAGCCUUCAAU